AUGAUCGGGGUCCGGAAAAAACGUAACGCAGCAGGCAUGCACGGCGUUUUCUACAACUUUCUGUCGGCGCCCGGGAUCUCCCUGAACCUGAUGAUCGAGGAGGCGUCCUUCACGCUGCGGAAGGGAGCGCUGCUUGCCCACCUGGCCGCGCGCGUAACUCUCGCCGGCGCCUACCGAUCGGCGAGCGCGUCUCUCUGGGCGUCGGCGCUGGGCAAGGGCAACUGGGGCUGGGAUGUCAUCAACGGCACAUGCGCCGGACGCCCCUUCAAGUUCGGGAUGAUGGGACGGAACGAGUGCGGUGACCUGACCGUCCUCAUCCACGGCAAUACUGUCUACAACUCCGUCGCUGGGGCGAAGCACCGAUUCGACGCUCGCGAUCUGCCUCACGGCAUCGUCGGCCAAUCCUUUGCGUCGAACGCGCGUCGCGAAGGGCGCCGCGAUUGGUACCCCCUCUCUGGACGCUUCACAACCUCGGCGCAAGCUGAGGGCGCGAUCGAGGGCGAGGCCGCAAUGUACCAGAUCGCGUCCGCCUACGAGACGCACUUCGCCUUCUCGCGCUUCGACGCCCCCAUCACCCAGCCUGCGGCGCGUCAUUCGUCGCGACCGGAUGCGAUCACAACGGCGGCAGCCCUAAGCGACUCAUCCGAGGACGACGAGUCGGCUCGCUAA